AGCCCGGGCGGUGGGCAGCCAGGAGCCCCCGGCCCCGGCCCGCCACGGGCCCCAGCGCAGGAGCCGCGCCCGGACCCAGGGUGUGCGGAGAGGGACUUUGAACCUUGGGGGUCACCCAGCCAACUUUGAAGCUGCUCUUUCAGUCCUGCCUUUGUACACGUGCUCACCUGGUUGCCUGUAUGCCCAUGGAGGCAGAUGCAGUGAGUUGCAGUGGGAGCAGAGGUUCACUCUUCUCCUCAGAGCGGAUUACCGGCGAUGCCCUCCUAGCCAGCCGCCACGGGAUGGAGGGCUUCAUGGACUCAGGGACACAGACGGAUGCCGUGGUGGUGCUGUCCUUGGCUCAGGCCGCCGUGCUGGGCCUGGUCUCAGAAAAUGAGCUCUUUGGAGCCACCAUAAGCGCCGAAGCCUUCUACCCGGACCUGGGGCCGGAGCUGUCCGGGGCGGCCAUAGGGGAGUCCCGGGCCCCGGGCUCCGAUGUCUACCAGCUGGCCUGCAACGGGCGGGCCCUGGAGGAGCCGGCAGAGGAGGAGGUGCUGGAGGUGGAGGCAGCCUUCGAGAAGCACACCCGGCGGAAGACGCGGCCGCCCGUGCGGCUGGUGCCCAAGGUCAAGUUUGAGAAGGUGGAGGAGGAGGAGGAGCAGGAGGUCUACGAGGUGUCCGUGCCCGGCGACGACAAGGAUGCGGGCCCAGCGGAGGCCCCCACCGAGGUGGCCAGUGGCGGCUGCGAGGCCCUGGUGCAGAGCAGCGCCGUCAAGAUGAUCGACCUCAGCGUCUUCAGCCGCAAGCCCCGGACACUGCGGCACCUGCCCCGAACCCCGCGGCCAGAGCUGGACGUAGCCCCCUUCGACCCCCACUUCCCCGACCCGGCCCGGGACGGCUUCCCCGAGCCCAGCAUGGCGCUGCCCGGGCCGGAGGCCCUGCCCACGGAGUGUGGCUUCGAGCCGCCGCACCUGGCCCCCCUGAGCGACCCUGAGGCCCCCACCAUGGAGUCCCCGGAGCCCGUGAAGCCAGAACAGGGCUUCGUGUGGCAGGAGGCAGGCGAGUUUGAGGCCGACGCAGCCGGCUCAACGGUGGAACGCCACAAGAAGGCCCAGCUGGACCGGCUGGACAUCAACGUGCAGAUCGACGACUCGUACCUGGUGGAGGCAGGCGACCGUCAGAAGCGCUGGCAGUGCCGCAUGUGCGAGAAGUCCUACACAUCCAAGUACAACCUGGUGACGCACAUCCUGGGCCACAACGGCAUCAAGCCGCACUCGUGCCCGCACUGCAGCAAGCUCUUCAAGCAGCCCAGCCACUUGCAGACACACCUGCUGACGCACCAGGGCACCCGGCCACACAAGUGCCAGGUGUGCCAGAAAGCCUUCACGCAGACCAGCCACCUCAAGCGCCACAUGCUGCUGCACUCGGAGGUCAAGCCCUAUAGCUGCCACUUCUGCGGCCGCGGCUUCGCCUACCCCAGCGAGCUCAAGGCCCACGAGGUGAAGCACGAGAGCGGCCGCUGCCACGUCUGCGUCGAGUGCGGCCUGGACUUCUCCACCCUGACCCAGCUCAAGCGCCACCUGGCCUCCCAUCAGGGCCCCACCCUCUACCAGUGCCUCGAGUGUGACAAGUCCUUCCACUACCGCAGCCAGCUGCAGAACCACAUGCUCAAGCACCAGAACGUGCGGCCCUUCGUGUGCACCGAGUGCGGCAUGGAGUUCAGCCAGAUCCACCACCUCAAGCAACACUCGCUCACCCACAAGGGUGUGAAGGAGUUCAAGUGCGAGGUGUGUGGCCGGGAGUUCACCCUGCAGGCAAACAUGAAGCGGCACAUGCUGAUCCAUACCAGCGUUCGGCCCUACCAGUGCCACAUCUGCUUCAAGACCUUCGUGCAGAAGCAGACCCUCAAGACCCACAUGAUUGUACACUCGCCCGUGAAGCCAUUCAAAUGCAAGGUGUGCGGGAAGUCCUUCAACCGCAUGUACAACCUGCUGGGCCACAUGCACCUGCACGCGGGCAGCAAGCCCUUCAAGUGCCCCUACUGCUCCAGCAAGUUUAACCUCAAGGGCAACCUGAGCCGGCACAUGAAGGUCAAGCACGGCGUCAUGGACAUCGGCCUGGACAGCCAAGACCCCAUGAUGGAGCUGACGGGCACCGACCCCUCCGAGCUUGACAGCCAGCAGGAGAUCGAGGACUUCGAGGAGAACGCCUACGCCUACGCCGGUGUGGACAGCAGCGCCGAGGCCAGCGUCCUCACCGAACAGGCCAUGAAAGAGAUGGCCUACUACAACGUGCUAUAGCACAGGCCGGGCCACCCAGGACGGGGCAAGGAGGGCGUGGGGUGUGGGGGGAGACCCAUGUGCUGCAGGCUGCACCUCCUGCAGCUGAAAAACAAGCUACUGCCCCACCGUCCUGAGCCCUCCCUCCCACUCAGUCGUUUGCACCACUAGGGACUUGUAGACCAAAUGGAGACUGUACUACUGGCCUCAGCUGUGAACCAGGCACAGGCCCCAGGCAUCCUAGGGAAGGAAGGGUAACACGGGAGGCCCAGGUCCGGGUCUCCUUGGCCUGCUGCUGUGGGAGAAAUGCAGAUGGGGGCCGUCUGGGGACAGGUCACAAGGGCGUAGGUUCUCAAGUCUCUCCAGGCCCAGCAGAGCUGGGGCGGCCCGUGUGGGCAGGGCCAUCCUGAUGGCUCCUCGGGGGUCCUGUCACUGGAGGGAGAUCUCUUGAGCCAUGUCUUGUUUCUCCUCUGGACCCUCUCUGCCUCUAGGGAUGUUUGAGCUCCUGUGCUGGUCAGCCUUGCCCCCCACCCUUACCGCCCACCGGCCCCUGGGCUACAAAAAGCCCAGGCCCAGAGCCCCUUCCCCCACCCUGUCCAUGGACAGCCAGACAGGGCCCUCUGCCUUCUACCUCCUGGUGCCUCCCGCUCUCUCCUCCAGCCAGGCGUGCAUGCAGCCUGGUCCUGGCCUUAGGAAAGCGGGGUGUAGCCCAACCCCCAGCUACCGUCCUCUCCAGCCGACCCCCAGAAGGCUCCCAUCUUACAGCCCUGUUUGGAAGUGGGCGUCCCUAAAGUGGAUUUCAGCAAACUUAUCCAGUUCUGUCUCGAAGUGGGGCACCACACCAGGGUCCCCCGACAAAGCCAGGACAUGCCUUGCGUCAGACACACACUAACAAAGACAGAUGGAGGCCCCUUGAGCGAGGGGACCGGUGACGGGGUCGUUGGGGACCAAGAGGGGCUGUCCUCAAGGAGGCCAAGGGUGGCCUAUGUAGGGGUGGGGACCUGGCGUUUUCCUCUUAUUUAAGGUCUAAUAAGUAUCCAUUUUGAGGAUGGGGACAGCCAAGAGUCAGCAGGGUCCCAGGAAGAGCAACAUAUUUAGAAAGGAAAAAUGAAGACCAUAGAGGGAAAAAAAUGUUUUUUUGAGCAAAGGGGGGUAUUUUGAAGGUAAUUUAUUUUUCUCCUUUCCAACUCUGUGUCACCUAUUAUCUUUUCUGACGGAGAUCAUUUUCUUUUUGCCAGCAGAAGCUUUCUUGUGUGCUGUGCGUGCUUUGUGCCUCCCCAACCAAGAGCAGCGUGGCCUGCCCUGGCGGGACUCAGGCUCGGAGGGGACUGUCGGUCUGGCCCUGGGGCUUCAGCUGCUGGCAGGGAGCCUCCGGAGGCCAAGGCGUCCACCCUCUCCCGGCCCCUCCGGCUAGUGACUUGCUCUGCACCACCCAGAGCAGUGGCCCGGGCUGCCGCCCCUGCUCAGCCCAUGGUUCGCUCGCUCGCCAGCCCGCUCUCAUCUCCUCGGUCCCCGCGCCAGCUCCUACCCCGGAACUGAAGACUGCAGGCCCAGGGCGGUGAAAGAGCCCAUUCAGGAACGCUAGGGCACCCAUACUCCCACCCACUCGCCCCCUGCGGCCUCCGUGGAGGGGAGCAGGCAAGGCCAUUCACAAAGGCACAGGAGGUGAAGCCACCAGCUUCAGCCCAGAAACCAGGAAGCGGGGAGCGGCUGGGGAGGGAGGCGCCCCCAAGGCUGUAUCCUUAGUGAAGGACCAAGCCAGGCCUCAGGGUGGCUCAGAUCAGGACGGAGGGGAGGACAAGGUAGCUUCGGGAUCAGGCAGCCAGGUGCCCCUUCCUUCUCUGCUAGAGUUCAUGCUAAGCAGCAAAUAAGAGGGCUGGGGCUCACGGGAGCCUCGCCCCAACUGUGGCUCUCCAGACCCCGAGGCCCCCCAGCCUCCCAGGUGCCCGCCAUGAUGACCCUCAGGUGGCAGUGACCCCGUCACUGUAGAAGACAUUUUCUCCUGCUGAGCAGAAGCAUCAUCCCCCGCAAACUACCUCUUCCCACAACGUCUUUCUCCCCUGGUACCAAAAAGAACCCUGUACCUCCUCCUCCUCCUCUUUCCUGCCAGUGCAGUGGCCUUGGUCUUGGAAACCCAUGAGAGAAGGGCUGGCCCCCAGGGUGGGGCUCUCCUCUCUGCCCCCAGCCCCGCCAUCAGCACCAGCCCUCUGCGAGGUUCGAUACUUGAACGCUCCCCCUGCCCUGUGCCUUGGACCUGGGCAAGGCUGAGAGAAGGUAGCAGCACAACUCACAAUUGGAGCUGGGUGGGCGGUGGUCUUGGCAAGGCUCCGGUCCUCACCCCCCACCCCACCCCAACCUUUUCAAAAGAGGCGUGCAGCCUCUCGGGUGACUUGGAAACUCCUGGACAAAUUCCAUUCUAACUUAUUUUGACGUGUAUACAAACCAACUGUUUAGAAAUUCCACUUGUGCAAAGCCCUACUGUGUUUUUAUGUUCCUGUUUAAAAGAGAAGUUUACUUAGCAAUAAUUAUAAAUAAAUGAAUAUUCUUUA